AUGGGUGCCGAUAUAUUUGCCUGCCGUGGGUUGAGAAAACGGGACAACAAACGUCUACCUCGUAUGUGGCAUGAUGGGCCGGGUGAGGCAUGGGUCACCUUCGCGUCAAACUGGCGCGCGGCGCAUGAACAAGAGCGCCUCAAUGGGGUGCUGGUUGCGAGAACUCGCCUCAUUGACGUUAUAGAUAACCGGACGCAAAGGUCCUUGGCCUUCGAAGACCUUGAAAGGCCCAACGUCACUGGUCUCUCAGUGCAGUCUAGUCGAGAUCAGCCGUCAAGGUGA